GGCGCGGCCGCCGCCGUCGGUGCGCGGCUCCGUCUGGACGGCGCUGCGCGCGCUCCGAGGACGGUGCGGUGCGGGGCGGUGCGGUGCGGGGGUCGGCGGCGGCUCCGCGGUGCGUCCAUCCCGUCCGGGCGCCGCCUGCAGCGCUGCGGGGCUCCGCGCCGUGCGGGGAAUGGCGGCCGUCCCGCGGAGCGCCGCUCUGCGCCGCCGUUCCCCGCGCGCCCUCCGAAGGGCCCUUCGCGGCCCCGGCGGCGUUCGGACGUCCCGGCUGAGAGCGGCCGCCCCGCGCGGUGUCCGCGGGCUGUGAGCGCCGCGGGGUCUCCGUGCCGUCCCGUCCCGUCCCGCUGCCCUCCGCCUUUCUGGCGGCGGUAACUCCACGCUGUUCUCUUUAACUUUUCCGGUGUAACGUCGCUGACGUUUAAGACAAACGAAGUUGGGCUUUUCGGCGGCGAACGGCGCGGCUGCGGCGCCGGUCCUCCCUGCGGGGUGGGGCCGUCCCGGUCCCGCCGUGCCGCGGCCGCUCUCGGCUCCCCCUUUGCCGCGUAUGGUGGCGGCGCUGAACGGCCCCGCGAGCUCUGCUGGGCGCCGCCGUAGCGAAGUGCUGCUGGGGGGCUGAGCUCCCGGCACGCCGCCGUGUUCGGCUGUUUCGAGUGGCUUCAGGACUCUGCAGCGCCGGAGCCUCAGGUCUGAGGUGACUCGAAGUUAAUCCCCGCUGCCAGAAGUGUCACUGAGGGCUCUCUGGCGGGAGGCUGUUAUCCCUCACCCGUCAUCGGAGUGCUCCUAGGAGAGCCGAAGGCCCUGGGAUGUGCAGAGAGGGCCCAAAGCUGCCAACCCCCGGCUGCGGGGCUGCGGGGACGGGAGGAGGAGGUGGAGCUGAAACGUCAGUGGGUCUCACAGCCGAAGGGCCGCCGCUGUGGGGCUCAGCCUGGCGAGAGACGGAGGCGCCGCCACCCCAUCCCUUCCCGGGAGGAUUCCCACUCCCUCCCCCCGCAGCCGCAGCGCUCCGUGCAUUCCAGUCGUGCUGUUUGCAUCGCUGCUCCGGUGGCCGAAGCGGUGGGGUGAGCUGUGAGCCGCGCACAGAAACGUUGGGUUGGCACAGGCAGUGCUGUGCUGUGCUGUGCUGUGCUGUGCUCGGCUGCGCGCCGCGUUUGGGGCCGCUCUGAGAGUGCUGCCGUGCGCUGAGAGUAACCAACGCUGCGAGAGUGCGGGGCGGGAUGGAGCGCGGGGCGGGCAGUGCUGCAGGGGGGCAGCGGCGCACGGCUGUCCUGCGGCGCUCAACGCCGGGGAACGGCCUCACAGAGCUGCCUGUCCGAUGGCACCGCUCACAGAGCUGCCUCUUUUCCUGCAAGAACUUCUCGGUUUCCUUUUCCUCUGUCACCUCCUCAGCACUCGGGUGGGUUCUCCCCGGCAUCCUUUUCGCUGCAAAACUGCAGGGAGGCAAAACAAGGAGCUCCCAAGAACACGUUUGUGUUCUGGUGUCUGCCUGACUUCUCACGCAGGCAGUUCAACUAUUUGCAUCUAUUUGCUGCUGACUUCGUGUAACGUGUGCUCAAGGAGCACGGACUGUUAGGCUUCACUUUCUGCAGUGCCAGCUGAAAUCCUUGAGAUGCUGUGGACGCGGCUGAAGGGAAUGCCCCGCUCGGUUACUGGGUGUGUGUGGCUGCUGUUCUGCAGAACCUUUACGCUACGCUGUAAAGCGACUGUUUGAACGCUGCUUUGAGAGCCAACUAAAGAAAGAUGUGAUGCGAAGAGCAUUUAUCUGAGGUUCAGAGCAACUGCCGUCUGUUGCUCCUCAAACUUAGGAACUGCAGCAGGUGAGCAUGUGAGCCACAAACUGCCACAGACGGCUCAGGACCACGACCUUCAUUAAGGGUGUUCUGGCUUUAAAAAACAAAGCCGUGUCAAAUCUCUGUGUAACUGUUUCUGUUCUGCCCCUUCGGUCUGACUCAGCAGCACCAGUCCUGAUUUAGGCAUGCGAGUUCCUGCAGUGACUCAGCUGGGAGCUUUAAUCAGCAGCUCAAAAACUCUUUGAAGCAAAUGCUUUCAGUAAUGCGGGGAGGUGGGAGGAACCUCAUCUGCAAAGAAGUGAGGUUGGGUUUCUGAUUCGGUAAUGCUAAGGAGCCGUUACAGUCUCGGUGGGGCAGUGCUGACCCUGGAUUUGCUUUCUGGCCGAAUGCUGUGCUUUGUGUUGGCUUCCACACAGGUGCUUACAGUCUGAGCGCUCCGCUGAUCCUCGAGUGCAGCUCCCAUCCUGCUUUCUCCUUCUUUCGUUCAGGUGGUUAAAUACAUUCUCAUCAUGCAAUACGUGACAGCAUGGCGAGUCCUGCGAAGGACAACUAUCGAAUGAAGUGCUACAAAAACAAAGCCCUGAAUCCUGAGGAAAUGCGUCGCAGGAGAGAAGAGGAAGGAAUCCAACUGCGCAAACAGAAACGAGAGCAGCAGCUCUUUAAAAGAAGAAAUGUGGAAUUAAUCAAUGAAGAUGCCUCCAUGUUCGAUAGCCUCCUUAUGGAUUCCUAUGUCAGUUCCACAACGUGUGGGGAGGGAGUGAUCACAAGAGAGAUGGUAGAGAUGCUUUUCUCAGAUGACCCUGAUCUACAGCUAGCAACCACACAGAAAUUCAGGAAGUUACUUUCUAAAGAGCCAAAUCCUCCAAUAGACGAAGUGAUAAACACACAAGGAGUGGUGGACAGAUUUGUUGAGUUCCUGAAGAGAAGUGAAAAUUGCACACUACAGUUUGAAGCAGCGUGGGCACUGACGAACAUUGCAUCAGGAACUUCCCAACAGACAAAAAUAGUAAUUGAGGCCGGGGCAGUUCCUAUCUUUAUAGAGCUGUUAAACUCUGACUUUGAGGAUGUUCAAGAACAGGCUGUCUGGGCAUUGGGGAACAUUGCUGGAGACAGCUCUGUGUGUAGAGAUUAUGUCCUUAACUGCGCUAUUCUUCCUCCCUUGUUAAUGCUCCUUACAAAGUCCACCAGGCUGACAAUGACACGAAAUGCUGUUUGGGCCUUGUCAAACUUGUGCAGAGGAAAGAGUCCACCACCUGAAUUUGAUAAGGUAUCUCCCUGCCUGCCUGUGUUGUCCCGACUAUUAUUCAACAGUGACUCUGACUUGCUAGCAGAUGCGUGCUGGGCUCUUUCCUAUUUAUCAGAUGGCCCCAAUGAGAAAAUUCAAGCAGUUAUUGACUCGGGGGUGUGUCGGCGACUGGUCGAGUUGUUAAUGCACAAUGACUACAAAGUGGCCUCCCCAGCAUUGCGAGCGGUCGGCAACAUCGUGACAGGAGAUGACAUCCAAACCCAGGUGAUUCUGAACUGUUCAGCCCUGCCUUGUCUCCUUCAUUUAUUAAGUAGUCCCAAGGAGUCGAUCAGGAAAGAAGCCUGCUGGACCAUAUCUAACAUCACAGCAGGAAACAGAGCACAAAUACAGGCAGUCAUAGAUGCAAACAUCUUCCCAGUGCUGAUAGAAAUCUUACAGAAAGCAGAAUUCCGUACAAGGAAAGAGGCAGCGUGGGCUAUCACAAAUGCCACGUCAGGAGGAACUCCUGAACAGAUCAGAUACCUGGUCAACCUGGGUUGCAUCAAGCCUCUCUGUGACCUCCUUACUGUCAUGGACUCCAAGAUUGUUCAGGUGGCAUUGAAUGGCCUGGAGAACAUCCUGAGGCUUGGAGAGCAGGAGGCCAACCAGAGCGGGACAGGCAUCAACCCGUACUGUAGCAUGAUAGAAGAGGCCUAUGGCUUGGAUAAGAUAGAGUUCCUGCAGAGCCACGAGAACCAAGAGAUCUACCAGAAAGCCUUCGACCUGAUUGAGCACUACUUUGGAGUAGAGGAUGAUUCUGCUUUAGCUCCCCAGGUAGAUGAGAACCAGCAGCAAUUCAUCUUCCAGCAACCUGAAGCCCCUAUGGAAGGCUUCCAGCUAUAAUGUGCCCCAGGCAAAAAGACCACCACAAAUUUGCCAGAAAGCAACUGGGAGAAGCUGAUUGUCCCAUUCCUCCUUGCAAACGGAAGGCUGAACACUCACUCCACCCGUUAGGAAACAAUUCUUCCUUCAAACAACUAGAAAGAGUGCUUUGUCCUCAUGAAGAAAAUGGGAUGUCUUGCACAUUUUUUUUUUUCUUUUUGCUGCUGCAUACAUGUCUUUAAAGCAGGCAUCUGGGUGGAGGAAGCACACUGAGGUAACAGAUUGCACCUCUUGGGUUUUUUUUCUUUGUGGUGAUCUCUCCCAAAUGUCACUUCUUACCUCGGGUACUUAAUUGAGAUUUCAGCAUUGGGUUGGGUAAGAACAGAAAUAGAAAGUGAGUAUUUUGACAAGAAUAAUUCUGGAAACCUGGGUUGAUCUAUUUAAUUUUUUUGCACAUGUUACUCUUAUUAAAGACUCUAAUUUGCCAAGAGCAAAGUUUAGCCCUGGCCUUUCUGCGCUCCUCCUGCAGUGGACAGUCCUGUCAGAGCUGGGCUGAGUUCCCCAAAACAUACUGUAAAUGGACAAAGAAGUGAGAGGCUUCUGGGGGAAGGAUCCUUCCCCGUGUCUAGAUAUUUUUUUUUCCCGAAGAACUGCUAGUAGUAUUUACAAGGAUAAAAAGCACCAAGACCCCAAAGCUGGUCACUGCGAAGAGGGCGGGAUGCUGGGGUGGUUCUGGAACAGGAAGCACAGCUGGCACAGCACAGGCUUUGCAUUGCUACUGAUGGAAGCUGCAGAACUGUCGAAAUGGUGAAACCCACCUUCAUCUUUACUUGAAUCUUUUCCACACGGCUGCGUUUUGGGUUGGGGGGAGCGCUGUGCUGUGUGCAGUGUGAACCCAGCAGCGCCAGGCCUGAGUUUUCAGGUUUACCACCUGCUCACAGUUGGAACAUGUACAUUUUUCCUUCAAGAAAAGAAUCAAAUCUCUGUAUUUUUUAUAUUAUAUAUAGGUAGCUAUUUGUCUAAUUGGGCUCCAGAGAAAACUAUAUAUUAAAUUUCUGUAAUUUAUGUAAAUAGAACACUGUGAGGCAGGUGUACCUGGAAACGACGGCCCCGAGCUCACUCACUCGUCGUCCUGCUGCUUCUCCUGUUUACUCACGUACUGUAUAACGUAGGUCUGUCUUCAACUGCUCUGCUGGGCGCCAAGGUUUGUUCCUCACACCCGCGGGCCUCAGGCCGGGAGGGGUGGGCCGGGCCUGCGUGCCCCUCGCCCCCGCGUUGGGUUUGCCGAGUCCGUGACUGUUGAACGAAUAAAAACUUCUGUGCAGAUGA